AUGGCACGCAGCUUGGAUCAACUUCCACCGGAAAUUUUGAUGACGAUAUUGGACAAGAUGCAUAUAUCACAGCUUUCGACCAUGAUCCGGGUCAACCGACAGUUUUUCACUCUCGGCAUUCCACGCCUCUGGCAAGCACAGGGAGGUACCUAUCUCGCCAAAGUCCCAAAGGAUCGCCGUGGGGUGUACAUUCCUCUGAUCCAGGAACUUGACCUGUCCGGAUUUGCCAAAGACGUUUACGAGGAGUUUAAAGACUUUGUGUUCCAUAAUGUAAGAAAGCUCUCGGUCUCGCUGGAGGAGGAUGACGAGCCUAUCGCCUACUGCAGCUAUCUCACACACCUCAUAAACCCUGGUCUUCAACUGCUGGGCUUGGGGGGCGACAUUUCACCUGACUUCCUUUUUGACGUGCAAACCAAAUGUCCUAAGCUGCGGUCGGUCAGUAUCUGGCGCUGCGGACCUUGCGUCACGCCGACCGAUUUGCUUACAUUUUUGAGGGGUCUCCCCUAUUUGGAGAGCCUGCGCAUCAGCAUGGAUCAUCACGCCAUGACAGAUUCCAAGGUCAUUGAAUUUCUGGCCAGGUCUUCAACACUCGAGCAGUUGACUCUGGAACAAAUUUACCCUGAGUUGUUAUGGGAUGCGUUGUCAGUUGAAUCGCCUUUUCCAGCGCUGAGGAAAUUGGACAUUGAGAUCUGUCAAGACGCACUCACGUCGAUGGCUAAGCUUUUCGGCUCUGUCCUGCACCUCCGCGUGGAGCCGAUGACCACAGAGUACUUGGAUUCACGGGAAAUAGAAGUCAGAAUACGACCCCUCUCGGAACUGACGCAACUGCGAACCCUAGAGAUCGGUUUCAACGGCAACUCUUUCUACGGCAACAUGACCAUUGUACCCGAAGACAUCGUCUCUCUGAGGAGUCUCAGCAAUCUGACAAGUUUGACGCUAGCUGGACUACGCAAGCCUCGCCCGGGGGACGCUGAGAUUAGCGAUGAUGACUUCCACCGUCUGGUUAGUGGCCUACCGGAUCUGGAGACACUGUCUCUUCACCCCCUUCCCAGUAAGGUCACCCCAGCUUCUCUCGCAGCGUUGGCGGAGUGCUGUCCACGGCUCGAAUCCUGUUUUGUCGGUGGGGGAUUACAUGUACUAGACCUCCAGGAUUACAAAGCGCCUUUGUUUCCAAGGCUUGGUUCAUUUCGAGUUGGACGCUUCCUGGAUCAACGACUCGCGGAUCGUGUCGAACCGAUUGAAAGGCGGGCACAGGAGCAUGCCCAGCAGCUCGAACGGCAUUUCCCCAAGGCAGACAUCCGGGUUUUGCAAAAUGGCUGGUUUUCCACCCCGUCGGCAUUCGAUUCUGAGGUGAUGCGGUUAUUAAGACCAAAAAAUGAGCGGGAUUUUGAACCUGACUCUUGA